UUGCAUUAUUUACGUUUUUUUUUAUGGUAGGUUUUCACUAUGAUAUAGUAUAAUAUAAUAUAUAUAGGACAUAGGUAUAGUGUAUACCUAUAAUAUAUUUCAUAAUUCAGAGCCCUAAAAAAUACAAAGAUAUGUUUCUGUAGAAUAUAGUUUGCUGCCAUUUUCUGGGUUAAAUUAAAGUUACUGAAAUUAAAAUUAUCAAACUGAUUUAAUGUUAUAUCUUACUCCAGACCACCAGAGUGCACUAGACACUUCAUUUAACAAGAGAGGAGGGAGUGCUUUUGUAAAAUCCCUUACACGUGCUCAACUACCAAUAGUAGUAUUCGUCAUUGGCCCCAACACAGUGGUUUGGCAGUGCUUUCGAUUGCUAUGAAGUUUAUAUCAUGGUUACCAUCAUUUUUUUUUCCACUGACAUUAGCGUUGAAAAUAAUCGACGUACUCGUGCCAAGGUACGCGGAUUUGAAACAGUCGGUAAUACUUGGAUGCAAUUUCGACAUAGGCCAUGGUAAACUAUACUCUGUUAAGUGGUACAAGGAUGAUCACGAAUUCUACAGAUUCAUUCCAGAGGAUCGACCAACCAUCCAAGUUUUUCAUCUUCCUGGUAUUAUAUUGGAUUUAUCUCAUUGUAACAUGCGAAAAAUCACACUAAGUAAUCUCACGUUGCAAACUAGUGGUAUAUAUCGAUGUGAAGUCUCGACAGAUGGACCAAAAUUUGAAAUGGUUUUUAAGUCCGCGAACAUGAAUGUAUUAGAAUAUCCGGAAGGGAACCCUUUGAUAGAGGGUGUGCUUAAUCGUUACGCGGUUGGCGAUCUCUUGUCGGGAAAUUGCACUUCCUCCAAAUCUUAUCCGCAGCCGUUGAUGACGUGGUACGUCAAUGGCGUUCAGGCGAGCAAUAAUCAAAUGGAGAAUUAUCCUGUGUUGGUCAAUCCUGAAGGCCCUUUAUAUUCAAAAGCGGUAGGCAUUCGAUUUAAGGUGGAGAAAGAUCAUUUUCAAGGACCCAAUGAAGAGCUGGAUUUAACUUGUGAAGCAAGCCUUAUACAAGAACAAUUGAAAUGGCGAAAAAUGAUAGUUAUUCAAUCACUCACACAGUCAUAUACAGAAAACAUGUUCCUAGAGAAGUACAGAAAUAACAUAAAUACAAUAAAUCCUGGGAAACAUAUGUCGACUCUGGUAGCUCUUUUUGUAGCAUCAUUCACACAUAUGAUAGUACACGAAACGUGACAGAACCCCGUUAAUUGUAUUUUAUGUACAGAUAUGUAAAUUAACAUUUUUUCAUAAUAAACUCACAAAAUUGAA